GUAUCCAAACCGCUGGGAGUGGCCACCGAAGAUGAGCUGGUUGGAGAGUUCCUGCAAGAGCAGAAUGCCCCUCUACUGUCCCGUGCCCCCCAGACGUUUAAGAUGGAUGACCUGUUGGCCGAGAUGCAAGAGAUUGAGCAGUCAAACUUCCGACAGGCCCCUCAGCGAGCUCCCGGUGUGGCAGCCCUGGCACUAUCCGAAAACUGGACCCAGGAAUUCUUGGCUGCAGCAGAUAGUGCUGGUGACGCCUCUUCAGAUUACAAUGAGGCUGACUGGUCACAGGAGUUCAUUGCUGAAGUGACAGAUCCACUGUCUGAGUCUCCUGCCAAGUGGGCAGAAGAAUACCUGGAGCAGUCGGAGGAGAAACUGUGGCUUGGGGAAUCAGAAGACCCGUCGUCGGUGGAUAAAUGGUAUGAGGAAUAUCAACCUGAGGAUGAUCUUAAGAAAACUGUUAGUGAUUUCCUCUCUAAAGUGGAUGAUCCAAAACUCAAGAAUUCUGAGUUCCUAAAGUUUGUCCGCCAGAUCGGAGAUGGGAGGGUAUCGAUCGAAGCUAAUCAGGUGACCCACAGAGACCAAGAUCAGGCAGAGCAAUGGGCAGCUGAGUUUAUACAGCAGCAGGGGGCAUCUGAUGCCUGGGUGGAUCAGUUUGCGCGAUCUGGGAACCUGUCGGCUCUGGAUACGGAAUUUGAGCAGGCAAAGACUGCCGUGGAGUCAGACGUGGACUUCUGGGACAAACUCCAGGCGGAAUGGGAGGAGAUGGCCAAGAGAGAUGCAGAGGCUCACCCUUGGCUCUCUGAUUACGAAGACCUCAGCUCCUCGUCGUAUGACAAGGGUUACCAGUUUGAGGAAGAUAAUCCCAUGAGGGAUCACCCGGAUGCCUUUGAAGAGGGGCGGAAGCGCUUGGAGGAAGGUGACCUCCCCAAUGCUGUCUUGCUCUUUGAAGCUGCGGUGCAACAGAAGCCAGAUCAUAUGGAGGCCUGGCAAUAUCUGGGAACCACCCAAGCAGAGAAUGAACAGGAGCUUUUGGCAAUCAGUGCCCUCAGACAGUGCUUGGAACUGCAGCCUGGGAACCUCACGGCGCUUAUGGCUUUAGCGGUCAGCUUCACCAACGAGUCCCUGCAGAAGCAGGCGUGUGAGACCCUGCGGGACUGGCUGCGCCACAAACCGGACUAUGCCCACCUCCUGGAGAAGGAGCCGGAGGAAACUGUCGCAGGGACAAACCUGGGACCUUCCAAGCGUGUCCUGGGUUCCGUGCUGUCUGACUCGCUGUUCAUGGAGGUGAAAGAGCUGUUCUUGGCAGCUGUGCGCAGUAACCUCUCGACUGUGGAUCCUGAUGUUCAGUGUGGCCUGGGUGUCCUUUUCAACCUUAGUGGCGAGUACGAGAAGGCUGUGGAUUGCUUCAGUGCCGCGCUCAGCGUGCGCCCCAAUGACCAUCUUCUAUGGAACAAGCUGGGUGCUACCCUGGCCAAUGGGAAUCGGAGUGAGGAAGCUGUGGCCGCGUAUCGUCGGGCACUGGAGCUCCAGCCAGGAUACAUCCGCUCUCGCUACAACUUGGGCAUCAGUUGCAUCAACUUAGGCGCCCACCGUGAGGCUGUGGAGCACUUCUUAGAGGCUUUGCACAUGCAGCAGAAGAGCCGAGGUCCUCGGGGGCAGCAAGGCGCUAUGUCUGACAACAUCUGGAGCACCCUGCGCAUGGCCCUCUCCAUGCUGGGGCAGAGUGACCUGUACGGGGCAGCGGAUGCCCGUGAUCUGCCCACAUUGCUUCAGGCAUUUGGCCUCCAGCAGUGACUCUGGGACGGGCUCCCCUGUGAGUGCGGGGUUGGCCCAGCCCAGCGGUGACCUUCCUUAGAGAGAACACGUUCCCUAGGGCUCACACAUAUCUUUGCUCUGGUAGGGCAGAUCAUUGGCAACUGUUUUUUCAAGGACCUCCUG